AUGGAGUCUGUAAGGAAUGCUUUCCACGCUCAGCUGGCCACCGUCAUGGACUCGCUGCUGGCAGCAGCCGUCUGCGAGAUCGCAAAGAUAUUCGAGAGCAGCCUGUGCGAGCAGCAGGCGGAGCUGGCGCAGAAAACAGAGGAGAUCUCCAUCCUCAAGAGCAAGCUGGAGAAAGUUGAGAGGAGACCCAAAGCCAAGGCCCGAGGAGGCGAGGAAGGAGAGAUGUCAUCGGGAGACAGAGAAGGCAGCAUCAGGCCACAGACCCAACCAGCAUCAGGAGCAUCCGCAGACUCAGUGGAAGGACUCACCCAGAGCCUCAGCAAGCUGAAAGAGGAGGUUAUGAGUCAGGACGGAGCUUCUAUCAAACAUGAGCACCAGUCUACGCUGGAGUCGGUCUCUGACCAAGAGGGAAGCUUCUCAGCUGGGGACCAGAGGCCGAUUGAUAGCAUGUCUGUUACACAAGCAAAACCCAAAAUAUCUACCUGGGAUCAGAGCAGCCGCAGUGCAGACUCCCAGGACCAAGCCUCUUCCCCUUUUCUAUCCAUCUCCCAAAGUGGACGGUGCUCUCCCAGACCAGAUCCCAGCCUUAUUCAGCCGGGAGAGUGGCUCCCGGGCCUGGACACCGCCCGCGCUGGGAUGUCGGGUUUGGAGAACCUGCAGGCGGACGGCAGCGGCUGCUCGGCUCCUUCUGGCAGCGGCGCUGAGGCAGAGCCGCCCUGCUUCCGACCCGGUUUCGGAUCGGACGAGACCAGCAACGAAGGCGACGACACCUCUUUCCCUUUCUUGGACCAGGAGCCCGAGAAUCAGAACUCCAACCAGAACUCUGUGCCGGCUCUGAGCGUGGGUCAGAGGGGGGGUCAGCAGGGUCCUCCUCAGGACCCUCCCGGUGACUUGCCAUGGCGGAGCAGAGGCCUGAGAGGCCCCAGCAGUCACACACAGCGGGUGGCCAACAGAAACCCUCUGAGGCCGCAGCCAAACUCGCAUCUGCUCACCCCGCGGCACACCAACAGUCUGGGCCCCCCUUCGGCGCAGGGCGGGGGGGGUGGGCGGCCCUACACCUGUCCGUACUGCACAAAGAGCUUCACCUACCCCUCCCACCAGCGCAGGCACCUCUUACGCCACACAGGCGUCAGACUGCACCCCUGCCAGUUCUGCGACAAAAGCUUCCUCACCCCGUCCGAGCUCACCGUGCACACGCGCACGCACACGGGGGAGCGGCCCUUCGGCUGCGCGCAGUGCGGCAAGCGCUUCGCCCGCAGCGGCAACCUGAGAGCCCACCAGCGGGACGUUCACAUGGGCAAGAGGCCCUACGCUUGCUCUGAGUGUGGAAAGAGAUUCGCCCACAGGGGGAACCUGAGGGUGCACAAUCACAGAGUCCAUCAGGGGGAUCCGUACUUCAUGGAUAACCAGCCUGAGCCCGAUAUGAACCACAAUCCCAUUUAA